AUGGUGGAUACGAUAUGCGCUGGCUGGACAGCCCUGUCAAUUGUCGUCAUCUUGAUUGCUCUCAGCGUGAAAGCAGCGGCUGGACGACAUUCGCCAUCAUAUACGCUCGGUCAUUACGACGCUAGCCUUUCCGGCUGGGGUUCUUUCACGUUCUUCAUCGGCCUCCUGCCUUCAGCUUAUACAUUCAGCGCUCUCGGCAUGAUCUCGAGCAUGGCUGAAGAGUGUCCCGAUCCUGCUGUAAAGGUGCCACGGGCUAUCGCGCUAUGUUUCUUCUUCAUCAUUCCGAUUUGUGCUACAUUGCCUCCACUUGCCGAUAUCAUCGGGGCGCCAGCAGCACAGGCAUUACCUUACAUAUUCCACGUGGUGAUGGGUAGCCCUGGAGGUGGGCUAGCUCUAAUAUCCUUGGUACUGGUCCUUACUAUCUUCUGUUCCAUCAGUAUCACGGUAGCAGCGAGCAGAUGCAUCUGGGCGUUUGCACGCGAUGAUGCUAUACCUGGUGCCAAACUUUGGGCGAAAGUCGAUUCACGCUACGGCGUGCCGGUCUACAGCCUCGUACUGCUGACAGUAGUCCAAAUGCUCCUAGGCCUUAUCAAUCUUGGCAGCACGUCGGCUUUCACUGCCUUCGUCUCGGUGGGCGUGCAAGCACUUGCAUUGGCUUACGGCAUUCCGAUAUUCAUCAGCCUCGUGACCGGGAGGAAAGAGGUUGAUAAGGCCAGAUGGAAUCUCGGUCAUGUUCUCGGCACGGUAGCCAAUGUAUUGGCACUGCUUUGGGUGAACGGACCAACGCUCUAA